AUGACAUCAGAUGGUGGACCAGAGCAGAGGGAGGAGACUCACACUCUGGAAGAAAAGAAAAGAUUUUCCCACUCGGCUGUCAACCAGGAGAGCCGAUGUGGAGCUUCAGAAGCAUCAGAUGCUGGUGGCGGUGGACGACACCUCCAGAAGUCCAAAACAAGGGACUUGUCCUCAUGCUCCCACCCACACAGGGGCAGCAGGAGGCAGGUAGAGGAGCCCCGGGGGCCUGGACCUUUCUUUUUCUUUGGAGGAACCAACGGGGCUGAAAUAGUGAGCGCUUACUGUGAGAGCAGAGGAUGGACACGGAUCCACAACAAGCACCGGGACGACUUCAGACUCAGGUGGUGUGAGACCAAAUCACCAGGCAGCUACUGCAACUUCAGAGAAGGUGAACAGUUGGUGUUCCAGAUUCCCAACAACGCGGUGCUCACCACUAAGAUCGGCCUCCUCAGCAGCCUGAGAGAGUACGAGCGCGUGAGCAGCAAAGUCAAACAUGGCCGAGGGCUCAGGAGGCUGAAAAUGGAGGAGUUCAUUCCCACGACCUUCCGCAUGGACGUAAGGGAGGAGAGGGAGGCCUUCUUUGCCCAACAGGAGGGUGUGAGCCGUAUGUGGAUCUGUAAGCCGACGGGGAUGAACCAGGGCAGAGGGAUCUUCCUUCUGAAGAGCCAGGAGGACGUCGCUGCCUUCAGACUGAAGCUGCAGCACAUGGAGGAGCGCCGGGCCGACGGGAAGCUUCACCACCGCCAGCCUCAGGCGCACGUCGUCCAACACUACAUCCAGAACCCGCUGCUCCUGAAAGGGAAGAAGUUUGACGUGCGCUCCUUCCUCCUGAUCGCCUGCGUCGCGCCGUACAUGGUCUUCUUCCGUCACGGGUAUGUGCGGCUGACCUGCGACCUCUACGACCCCGGCUCCAGCAACCUGUCCGCCCAUCUGACCAAUCAGUACAUGCAGAAGAAGAACCCCCUGUACAGCCAGCUGAAGGAGGACACUGUGUGGUCCAUGGACAGCUUCAACGCCUACGUCAACGAUGAGUUCCAGGUUGCCAAGGGUCUGCCCAGGGACUGGGUGCUGGGCGCCUUUGCAAAGCGCAUGCAGCACAUCAUGACGCAGUGCUUCUUGGCUGUUAAGUUGAAGCUCGACUGCCGCCUGGGAUUCUUCGACCUGAUUGGCUGUGACUUCAUGGUGGACGAGGACUUUAAG